UAGUUGUUGACUGUCCAGGUAAUGUGGGCUUCAUAGGUAUUCCUUCUUCUGUCUGGUUGAGCUGAGGACCGCGAGGUGAAAUAACCAAAUCCAGUAUUCUACGGUAGAAUGGUCGCGUCAUGGGGCGCUGUGGCCCUGGUGGCCCUCGUGCUCCUGGCCACGGCGGGCGGUGUUCCGGCUCCUGCGCGGCCGGCGGGACUGGAAGACCAUCUGGAUGUUGGUUAUGUAGAGAUCAAUAUGACCGUCCCAGAACACGACUACUACUAUGCUGGAGAGACUGAGGCUGGAGACCAGGUCAGGGAGAUGCUCCAGGGUGGCCCGUCGACCCUGGGUUCCUGGCGCACGCUGGCGGAGGGUAAAGACAACCUUAUCGGAGAAUUCCUGUUAGCGGCGGCAACAGGCUGGCAUGACAGCAUGAGGUCGGUAAUUAGAAGCCACAGCAGAGCGCGUACAGCUCGCCACCUCCCCAGCACGCUGCAAGGAGACGCGAAAGGGUACUGGAGACUGAGUGGGCUUUCCGAGGACGUGGAUAUGAAGCUGAAGACCUUCGCGCCGCCUUCGGGAGCCAUCUCCAUGGUGGUGGUGGAGCACGCUGGACUGGUCUUCUGGCUCGUCACCCAGGCCUUCACCCUCCACGACCCUGGCACCCUGCACCUUUACAUGCUUAACGUGGAGACGGAGAAACUGGAGUCUGUGUCGGUGCCGGCGCUGGGGGCCAACAAGUGCUCUCCUGUAGUGAUGGAGGCGACCUUCAUGGAGGUGGUGUGUGUGGAGGUGCUGGCUGACCGCUUCCCAGACACUAAAAGGAUGGGGUCCAGUGUGUACCGGGUCACUUGGGCCACUGGUCUCCAGAUGGGGUUCAAGCGGAGUCUUUUGACCCACGGUGCCCAGGACAUGGCACUCUGGAAGGUAGGCAGAGACACCCUGAUGGCAUUUGCCAACUCUUACAACCAUUUGACCGCGACAGGAGAGAUUGACAGCUACGUCUAUAAGGUCAAGGUGACAGCUGUGUCGAGGAGCGAGGUGUACUGCAGCUACGACCGCCUCGACAGCGCUUCCUUCCCCACCAAGAACGCCAUGGGGGUGGAGGCCUUUACGAUACAGUCGAGGCACUUCCUAGCAGUUGCUAAUCAUCACGAUGACAGAGGUAACGUGGAUAUAGACAGCGAAAUAUUUGUAUUCGAAGAGGACCGACUGCAGCUUCGGUCGGUCCAGCGGAUCAGGACCCGAGGCGCCCGGGACUGGACUGCCUUCAGCUUCAGCAGCGGAUCGGACGCAGAGUAUUUCAUCGCUGUAGCUAAUGAAUAUACUCUAGACAACGAUGGUAACCUGGACUACGUGGUGGACUCUGUGAUCUACCGCUAUGAGAGGGAGAAGUUUGUUCCUUUCCAGUGCAUCCAGACGUAUGGUGCCCAAGAGUGGGUAGCUUAUCAGGGUCCCGAUGGCGAGUUCCUGCUGGCCGUGGUGAACAGUCGGGCAGGCGUGGCCUUCUACCAGUACAAUGGCUGGACCUUCACUCGCACAGACUUCCACGUGUCCGGCGCUGGAGCAAAGAUGGUGUCGGUGGCGAGGCUGCCCACUACCCUGAAGGAGGUGGUGUUGACGGUGACCAACCCCAGUGACCCGACCAAUCGUCCACUGGUGCUGUACACACGCUGGCAGUACCACAACCCCCUAGCGGUGUAUCAGCGGGAAGCUCUAAAAUGGUGCAGGAACCUCCAGGAGAGAGUCGAGGGGGACCACCUGCCCAGGGUGCUGGCGGAGGCAGGCAAGUGCACGCAGACGGAGGCCACCUACUCCUUCCAGAGAGCUGUGGUAAUCACAGGCGACCUCUUUGUAAACUCUCGGGGCUACAUCUCUAGAGUUGAUCCUAUUCUUGUCGACUCUGAUGGUAUCUUGGUGACGGACGCGAUCUCGGUCACCAUCGCUGGCAUGUACGACACCUCCGCCAGUGUGCAGCGCCUCCAGGCCGCGGCUCGCUUGCGGCUCAGUACCUCUAUGAAGAUACAACAGCCAAAUCUCGAUGGUCUGAAAUUUUCCACUGUAAGAGUUGUGUGUGCCGGAGGAGGUCGACUUGGAAGGUGCUCGGUCACCAAUCUCCUGUCGCAGAAGAUAAAUGGCGUGAAUACCUCCUUAACUAACGCAGUGAAACUGGUAGAGAACAAUGGUGUGCUCAACAUGACCCUGGCCGACGUGGCACUGACCGGGCAGGGCGUGGUGACCCUCCUGAGUGGCCCUGGGCUGGCCCCCACCCACACCUCCCAGCUCGUCACCCUCCACAACGCUCACAACAUCGUCGGAGAAAAGACCUUCGGCUUCAUCAGGACUGCCAGCGUACUGGUGGCCGGCACAGUGGACGGGGUAGCUGUCAAGGCGGACACCGUGCUGCUGACGGUGGGAGAACAGCAGGUGAAGGCGACCGUGACAAUGCAGGCUCUUGACGCGCCCUUCAUCAACCUCCACCUCCUCAACGGCGUCUCCUUCAGCAACUUCUACAACGACCUGGUACUGAACGACGUCUCGCAGAACUGGACAGGGUUGGUAACGAUAGCGGGAAACCUGGUGGCGUCAACGUUGGUGAGCACCAAGCCACUAUCUCCGUUGGACCCGGAGACUGUUAAACAUGCUGCACUCCUGCACACUACCACCACCCCACAAACUGUAACAAGUUCCCAUACCUUGGGCGGUCUUCAAAUUGGACGAGAAUUAACGGUGGGUGGGCGAGUCAACGGUGCAAGGAUACCUAAAGACCUUUACCUCAUGACCGGAGCUCCAGAGGUCAUUAAUACCCCGGCUACGUUCGUAUCUGUCGCUGCCAACUCCAUACUUAUAAACAACAACCUCAAUCAUAUUAAGGUGGUGAAUGGGACGCUGAUGGUGUUGCUGGUAAGAGGGGAGCAAGUUGUGAGCAGUACAAAGGUCUUUGCAGACCUCACCCUGCAGCAGCACUCGACUGUGCGCCUCCAGGUUGCGGGUUACAACCUCAGUGACUUUGCCUUCAACUUCCAGCAGGAAGUAAUACUUGGUCUUAAUGCUGGCAAGAAAGUGGACGGGUCUUUGACGUUCCACGAUUCGCUCUUCGUUGAGGAUGACCACUUGAAUGGGGCGAGUGUGGGAAGGAUUCGCAAUUCUGGCCUCCUCCUCAAUGCCAGCUACAUAAACAUGCCUCUGGUCUUCCUUGGACCUGUACAGCUGAGUGGAGACCUGAUGGUAGAGAACACGCUCAAUGGUAUUGGCGUGAAUGAUUACGUGCUGACUCACGCUAACUACACAUUCACACAUGCGAUCUCCUUUAAGAAUGGUUUGAAAGUAGAGGGCGAUGUGACAACACUGAAAUUGGAUCCGUAUGAUGUGAAACUUCUGGCGUCGCAGAUAGUGCUAAAAAACAGGAUCAAUCAGACUAUCAUGCAGGAUAUACACAUUAUGCAAGCUGUUAUGACUGAUGUGAUGGUGCCAGGCUCUGUCAGUGUCUCUGGGGUGGCACUCUCUGACCUGGUCACUCUAACUGGCACCACUGAAAUAACAGGACAGAAGACCUUCACUAACCUGAAGGUUCUGACUGAAACACAAAUGGGAGCUGUGAACGUGGGUCUCACUGGCACUGUCGAUGGUGUUGUCUUCCACGAGCUCUUCGUCACGGACUCUCUCAAAACAAGCGCCUCUGGACUACAAACCCUGACUGGCAGGUACAUCCACGCUCUUGCAGCAGUCUCUGCUACUGGAACGGACUUGGGCAUCUUCGAAAGAACUGUUGUGUACACAGACUCCACUGAAUAUAUUGCUGGGUCUCUCCUGUUUAACGGUGAUGUCUCGGUUCAAGCUCUUACAUUUGGCAGGGACUUCGAUGGCGUGUCUGUAGAAGACUACAGCUCUGGCUGGCUCCUGAAGGACGGGGCUCAGACCCUGACGGGCAGCAACACCCUGCAGGACGUCAGAGCGGCUGCAGUCUCCUUCGACGGAGUUUACUUACAAACGGUAGACUGGAAUCGUCUGUUACAAAAGACUGCCAAGGUGGACGAGGCGACGACCAUUACCAGAGCAUCAUUUGACUUGAUCACUGCCAGGGAGAUAGUGUUGGAUGGGGCAAUCCAGGGCUGGGACCUCAGUGUGGAUGCUCUCACCACUUCUGCAAAAGCACAGAUGAUAACUGGCAAGAAAGUAUUCCUUUCGAUGGUGUUCUAUUCCGGUAAAUUCGAAAUGGCGAAGGGAAUGAUGGUUCAGGCCACGAGAUAUGACAGCCCGGUCCACGUUGACUUGAGCACUCUGCUAGACUCUCUAGUCAUGAAAGAUUCGGUCGUCCAUAUAGAUAAACUUAUUGUCCAAGGUAACGUGAACUUUGAUAAGGAUGUGAGAAUCUCUGGUAAUCUUAAUGAUGAGGAAGUAAAGACCUUGAGAGAGAAGUUCUGGCUAAGCGACCUUCCAGCCAAUAUAACUGCUGUGGCCUCGUUUCACCAUGUUGUUCUAGGUCCCAAAGUUGACCUGCAGCUAAAAGGCUUGAUGAAUGGAGUAGACCUCCAGAUACUGUGGGAUACUGUUCUGAGGAAGGAGUGCGAGGGCUGGCAAGAGGUAUCUGGCUCUUUCACCUUCGACACCCUCAACGUCGCUAAUCUUGUUGCCUUCAGAGUCGACUCGGCAGACGACUGGCUCUCUCGCGAGCUGCACAACCUGCUGCUGGUGGACGGGGAUCAGAUGAUCACAGGAAAAGUAACCACUCCCCAGCUGACGGCACAAGCUUCCCUUCGGCUGAAUGGCACCGUGAACGGGUUGCGGAUGGACAGAGACUUUGUACUAGUGAACAGUCGGGCUGUUAUCAGCGGGUGGAAACUGUUCCAGAAGGAUGUCAGCGUUACUGGCAACCUCAAUGUCCUCCCGUCUGCACUCGUUCAAGGAGUGGACGUGUCGCAGUUCUCAAAGACUAUUCUGGUAAAAUCAAACCUAACCGUCAUACCAGGAGUUACAACUUUCAAAGGCGUCAGAAUCUUACAGAAACUUGUUGUGGGCGGGACUGUGGACAGCGUGAGGGUGAGCGGGACGAGGCUACUGACGAAGGGCGGGCAACAGACGAUGCAGGGAACCUUGACUCUGCUAGCCUCUCCACCCAGCACCUUCGCCCUCGUUGUCAAAGGACCUUUAACCAUUCAAGAUAACCACUUUAAUGAUAUAAACUUAGACAGACUGGGUUCCAUGACGGUUUUGCGUGAAGGUUCAGUGGUAAUAAGGAGCACUGUAGUGUUUCUGGAAGUAGUAACCGUAACAGAGGUGUUACUGGUGAACCACAUAGUAAACGGAUACAACAUCACUGACCUGGCACUGUGCCUCCUUGGCCAACACGCUGUACAGAACAUGGGCAACAAGCUGGCACUGGUCCUGCGGGCAGUGGAAGAAGUCAAGGAUGUCCUGGCAGAGAGGCGAGAGGACGUGUGGUACUACAAGGAACAACAAUUCUCAACGCGGUUAUACAAGUUGCUUCCUAUACAGUUGACAGGUGACCUGGAGAUGCACUCACAGACGACACUAGUCGGCCUAGACAGAGCAGGCGACCGCCUUCUCUUCUACAACAUCACCAACCUCGCCCAGCUGUUUCCCGCCGUUGCCGUGGUGAAGCCGACGGCGGCCGCUGGCUUAGGGUGGGGCUUGGUGGCGGUGUGUGGGCUCCACGGCAUGGACGCCGCGCCUCCAGGCACUCUCCUCACCUCCACUUAUACGAAGAUAAACGUAGAGAGGGGCGCUGGCUACGGUCACGUGUAUCAACUAGAGGGUGGACAGCUGAGGCUGGAGGCUGCCUUCCAGACCAGUCGGUGUAGAGACCUUGUGGCCUUCAGGGCAGGUAGGCAGACAUGCCUGGCCGUGUUGGACUACGCAACAAACUCGUCGAUAAUAUGCAAGCUGCCUGGAGCGUCCUUUAGUGUGGUAAAUUCCCUGGCGACGACCAGGGCUGUAAAGGGAGCCUGGUUGGCACUGUCGUCUGGGACCUUCCUGUUGGUGGUGGAGGCUGGAACACCCUCACAACCGGCACACAUUAAAGUAUACCAGUUUGAUACCGUCAGUGGGAGUCUUGGCGUGAUCCAGAGUUUGAACAGAUCAGGAAUGACUUCUGUGGCGGCCCUUGGUCGUGGAGCACAGGGCCUACUCUGCCUCACGGAGGCCCAGUCAGCUCUAGGCCCCGGCAGGGUGGUAAUUCUCGAAGCAAAGCCCACUGCUACCUCCCUAGCCCUCUCUCUCCUGCAGACUGUGGUGGUGGAGGGCGCCGUGGACAGCAGCCUCGGGUUGAUGCCGACGGGAGACGUGGCGCUUUACGUCCAGACCCAAUACAACCUCCUCUUCUACCUCCUCAAGGGCACCACCUUCGUCUUCCAUAGAGAGAUUCGUACAACACCAGCUCUACAUCCUUUCUCCUUUCCCUUCCUACACGAGGCCACCAACAGGGCCAUGGUGGCCUACACUGGUGCUGGCCUCCUGGACGUCUACGACGACCUCCCCACUCUACAGCUGGCCAAGCCCACACUCUACACUACAAUCUACAAGCCUCGCUCGACUUCAGCUUAACUUUUAAAAAAUAUGCUUGUAAUGAGGCUUUUAAUCAGAUGAAGUCUGAAUAUUUAAUAAAAUGGUAAAUAAGA